GAUCUCCAAUUGAAGUGGAUAGUGCAAACACCAUCGAUUUCUCUUCACCCCACAUGUUUUAGUAGCAGUUCUUCACAAUUUACGACUGCCUAUCAUAUACAGGAUGUGAGCGUCGCCAAACUGUUGUGACUUCCGUGACGUUCGAGCUUUUUGUUUAGCCUCUAAAAGGGCGUGUUAAAGCCACACUACAGCCACGCGAGUCUCGAGAUUUUGAACUGUUGUGCACGGAGGGAGUGCCUGCUUCACAGAGAAAAGACUCCAAGGUGCUGACUGACUGCGAGUAUUUGCUUGACCAGUGACUGGUAGAAAUAGGGAGUGGGGGGUCACUCCCUGUGGAUGAUACUGCGUCGCCCAAAGCUUGCUUUUUGAGGGGGUGACAAAGAGUACAUGAUGGUUACUGUUGAGUCUGGCGUGGCUCAGUCCUUCCUGGAGAAGUUUCUGAAGGAGUUCCCGGAGCCGUUCAGCCCAGACAACCCUCCGCCUGUCAACCCCCUGAGCCGCAAAGUCAGCCAUGAGGAGAUCAGGGGGGAGAGCCUUGAUCUCGGCCUCCGCCUGCUCGCAGCCAGGGAGGCCCCUCCAUCUGUAAGUGUGGCCCUGUGUCAGGCUGCGGUGUCCGAGCUGAUGAAGAGCGACCUCACGCCUUUUCAGCUUCCACAGGAGACCGAACAGCAGCAAGAGGAGGACCAACCGCCCGUCAUCUUGCUGGAGUGUGAGGGUCUGCAGCACCUGUUCCUCAACAAGCUCCGGGAGGUGGCCGCCUCCUGGAGGCAGCAGCUGCCCGCGGCCCAGAGGGCCUCCACGCGCUUCAGCCGAUGCUGUGUGCACGCCAUCCGCAACACCCGCAGGAAGAUGGAGGACCGGCACGUGACCGUAGCAGAUUUCAACCGGCUCCUUGGCAUACAGGACGGUGUGGACAGGCAGUACUACGCUGUGUUUGAUGGACACGGAGGCGGAGAUGCUGCCACGUUCGCAGCCACCCACCUUCACGUCGUUCUAAGCCAACAAGAGGACUUGGUGAAAGACCCAGGCGCUGCAUUCAAAGCUACCUUCACCCAUGUCGAUGACAUGUUCAAGGUUAAGGCCAAGAGAGAGCGCCUGCGAAGUGGCAGCACAGGUAUAGUGGUGUUGCUGGCUGGGGACUGGCUGCAUGUGUCCUGGCUUGGAGACUCUCAGGCCAUGCUGGUCAGACAGGGGGAGCCGGUGAUUUUGAUGGACCCCCACAAGCCAGAAAGAGAGGAUGAAAAGCAGAGGAUCGAGAAUCUGGGAGGCUGUAUUGCCUUCAUGGGUUGCUGGCGCGUGAAUGGGACUUACGCUGUCUCCCGAGCCAUCGGCGAUUUUGACCAGAAGCCGUAUGUCUCCAACAUGGCCGACUGCUCGUCCGUGCAGCUGGCCGGUGACGAGGACUACGUCCUGCUGGCGUGUGAUGGCUUCUUCGACGUGGUGCGGCCGUCCGAGGUGCCGGGCCUGGUGCUGGAGGCCCUGAGGGAGAUGGAAGGCCGGGGGGGCUGCGAGGAGGUGGCCCAGCGGCUGGUGGCCCAGGCCAAGGCGGCCGGCUCCAGCGACAACAUCACCGUCCUGGUGGUGUUCCUGCGCGAGCCCGGCCAGCUUCUGCUCCAAGACCAGGGCUCCCCGGGGCAGGCCGGCGCAGCGGCACAGGGCUAGGGCCACCAACCAAAUCAAGUCCAGGUCGCAACUGACAUGGCCCAUCGCCGUGGUAGGAAGAGCGCGGAGCUCACAGAGGAGAUGCUGCUACUGCUGCACCCUGCCGGCUCUCACUUCUCUCUGUGUUUCCUCUAAUUCUCCACAAGGGCUCUUGGCUCCCUCCCAGUGGACAGGAAUGGAACCCCUUUACCUUUCAGUGAUGUCCCACAACAGCUUGGCCGCUUGAGUGAUCAAAACAACAGCAGUACAUAGUCAGGCUUGUUUGUUUUAUAUUCACAAAUAUUAGAAUGCAUUUACAAUGUUCAGUAUUUUUGGUGGGUUCGGUCAAGCACUUACAUUAAGGACCACCUCCCACCAUUUUUUCCCGAUGCAGACUCAUUCAGGAGCAUUUUAUAUAACAUGUUGUUCAUUAUAUUUCUCUUAUCAGUAUGCAGUAUCAGUAUUCAUUCCCCGUAAGCUUUUUUUCUCACGGUUUUCCCAUAUGGGUGCCUGUUUACUUCCAUAUGGGUGCCUUUCAAAUAAUUAAUACAGUGUCAUAACCUGAAAACAGUCCAGCAGGAUGCUUUGUCGGCUAUUUAACAGACUCUUUUCCUGGCAGACUGAUGUCUGAGGUCCUGAUGCCUGUUGGCCUGUGGUUAGUGUCUCAUAUUACUGCCUGCUCAAAUGUCAUGAAUAUUUGAAAGCCUUGUGACAUGUAGCUAAUAUAGCAGGAGCUAGGCUAUAAUGCGAUAAUGCUAUUUAUAGACCAGGGCUGGUGCGUUUUGAAGCAUAGGAAUGAAGGUGAGGGGAGGGGACUGUGAGUGUUGAUAUAGUGAAAUAAAAUACCUCAGACUCUAACCCCCUUCCUUCCCUGUGACCUUGGCUUUCCUGAGGCAAACUGCCUAAGAACUGCUGUUUCAGUCAAUGGUAUUACAUAAGGUUUUUUUUGUGCAUGAGCGCAAUAAGCUGUUUGGCUUUGCUUUUGUUGUGCAAUGCUUUAAACAUUAGUGUGCUUAUUUGUCAUUUAAAAAAUAAGGACUAUUUCAUUUCUUCUCUUGUGCAAUUCACUCUAGCGGUCAUCUGUCUGUUUUUAAACUGUACCAACAGUAGUUUUGUGGUCUUAACCUGAGAUCUUAAAUGAGGAGUUAACAAUGUAGUAUGUAGUGCAACUAAUCAAAAUGUUGUUUUAGUCCCGGUUCCAAGGGCAUUGAUUGCUUUUUGUUGAACCACUGACCUUUUGGUUUUCUCUUUUCCAGACCUUGAGUGCCGAACUGUUUGUAUGUAUAGAAAUGUAUAAGUGACUAACUGUUAAGCACAGACACAGAUAAUUGUUUCAUUCGAGCUCUCUGCACUAGGACUUCGCCGUAGGUAGUUUCUGUGUAGCUGUCAAUCGCGUUGAGCUUUUCUCUCUGAUGCGGUCCCUGUCUAGUGUGGACAUGUACCGUGCGGGGGUGGGGUGGGGGUGGGGGAUUAAGAUCAUUGCCAGUAAUUGAGGUAAUCUACGACCUCCAUCUCCUCUGAAUCAGCGUUUCCCACUGUGGCACUGGCUGCGCUGACGGAAAGGCGGCAUGACCUCAUUGUUCAAACCCAAGCUCUCCCUCCCAUCUCAUCUGAGCCAGCAGUUUGUGUUUGUUGUCACCUUUUUAAAUUAUGUCAUUCACGUAUCCUCAUCUGACAUUUUAAGAGGAGAAAAAAAAAACACAUAAAUUGUGUAGGCCCGUCAUACAGAAACAUUAUUUUUUUCUGUGGCUUCGUGUUUACGACUGAGGUUACUCAUCUGCUAGUGGUUGGUGUCCACACUUGUGUUUUUCUCAAAUACUUUUACUAUGAAUACUGAAUGCAUGGGUAAAGCUGUUUAUUGCCAUGUCUAGGGCACAAAUAUCAGCAAGUCUGGAGUGUGUUGACCUGUAAAUAUAAUUGUCUGCAUGUUGUGUUUUACACAAGACUGCAACCCUUCAGGCCGUGGAGCUUUGAUAUUUUGUGGCAAUUCAUUUUUUUUCCGUUGUGGGUGCCGUCUAGUGCAUUUUUGUUACUUCCUUUGUCUCCAUUUCUAAACCACACACAAUUGGUGCCUUAAAUCACCCGUUCUUAACAUUUCUUAACUGAAACAGCUUUCCUCGUGACCCCAACGAGUCAUUAGGAUGAGCUUGAAAGGAUGUUUGCAUAUCAUUAAUGAUCAGUGAAGGGCACAGUGAUGGGGUUGCUGCCAUUUAUUACUGGACCAUCAAUUGUUGUGGGGUUUUUUUUUGUAUUAAGUGUGAAAUUAUUGUUAACGUACAUUUUGAUGAUGUUACACUGUACCUUAGUACAUAACAUAGAGAUGUGUCAUGUCAGUGAUCAAGGUGAACUGCCAAAACUUUAUUACCAUAUGAAAACUUCCUGGAGCAUUUUUACAGUAUUACAUUUUAGCAUAACUAUAUUCAGAAUAACUGAUUUCAUGAUUAAAUUCAUUUUUGAUGUGAAAUUUAUACGGUUUUGUAUCUUCUGGCCAUGAUUCAUUACAAGAGGUCAAGUUGUAAAGUGCCACUGGUACUUGUGCCAACACAUGUAACAUUAGUAAAACUUCAUUUAAAUAAAUACCCAAACUAAUUCUGAAAAGUAUCAGUAAUUUCCCUAUAAGAGAAAGUCUUUGGUGUUGCUAUUACUGAUGUUAUUUUCUUGGAUAUCAGGACAUUCCAGCAAGUGUGACUUCAAGUCUGACUUACUAAGGAGUACUUUUAUGUUGUGACUAAAUGAAAUGGUAAUUGUCACAGGCAUGGCACUGAUGAUUAAGUAAUAUUAGCACUGAGAAUAAGUUGCAUUAAAACAACCAAACCAAUUAUACCUUCAAUAAAAACCAUUAGUUGAA